UUCAAAGAUACCCAAAGCAUCUUCACUUUAACUCAACUCCCACACACCGUCUUUAAGAUACCCAAACACUUCAGAACAAUAACUUAAAACUACAUUCAUCAUGUCUGGUCUCAUCAACAAGGUCAAGGACGCUAUCCACUCCGACAAGGACAAGUCCCACGAGCAGCCUGAAGGCACGCAUGGCGGACAUUCGUCUCGUAUUGCCAAUGCCGCUGAUCCUCGAUAUGAUUCGGAUAGAGACCAUCGUGCGAACCCUGGCACCACAACCACUGGUGGCCUGGGAUCUUCCACCCACAACACUGGCACAACUGGUGGCUUGACCGGAGGCUCUACCUACUCCGAGAACAUGCCUGGUCACACUACUACCGGGCGCACGGAGAACCUGCCUGGCCAUACCACUGCUGGCGGCCUUGGCUCUCAUUCCUCCGGACUUCCUGAGGGAACCGCGGGGCCCCACGGAAGCCGCCUUGCCAAUGCGGCAGACCCAAAGGUGGACAGUGAUCUUGACGGUUCACGACGUGUUGGUGGCUCCAACACUUAUGGACAGACUGCUACUGGAACUUCGGGUCUUUCAAGCCACGGUGCUGGUGCUCAUGGUGGCAUUGGAGGUACAUCUGCUGGUUACAGCACUGGGCCUGGAAAUACCGCUGGGCCCCAUUCCAGUGAUCUGGCCAACAAACUUGAUCCAAAGGUGGAUAGCGAUCUUGACGGAUCCCGACGACUCGGUGGCUCUAACACUCACGGCCACCAGGGCGGUCUCGGCGGCAGCACUGGCACUUAUGGCCAGACUACUACUGGAACUUCAGGCCUCUCAAGCCACGGUGCCGGUGCUCACGGCCCCACUGGCACCCACACCUCCGGUUUGGGCGGAACUGGCUCCACCGGUACAUACGGUUCUACCGGUGCCGGUACUGGACCUGGACCUGCUCCCAAAACCGCGGGACCCCAUUCUAGCGACAUGGCCAACAAAUUGGACCCUCGUGUAGACAGUGAUCUUGACGGUAGCAAAACAGUCGGUCAAGAAAAGACUUUCCAGUCAAACAGCAACUACGCUCAAAGGGACCCCACCGAUGCUGCCCAGGUCCCUCCUUCUGUUUUACAGAAACACGUUCCUUCUGAGAUCGCCCACGAUGAUCCUCACAGUGACCACAGUCGACGACACAGCAGCACUCACAAGGAGACUCACCGGGGUCUGUAAAGGGAAAUUGAGGGCUUGAUGAUUUAUGGAUAUGUAAACCAAUAUUUCUUUAGUUGAACGUUAAUGGAUUAUUCUAAAAACA